AAAGUUGGCCGUUUUUUACAUGGAGUUAUAUGGGAAUUGACUCUAGCAGCCAGUCGAUGAAUUGCAGUUUAAGUCACUUCCGUAUUGGCUUCAUCAGAGAGAUCGGAAGGCUGCCCCUCAGUUGAAACACUUUAUAUCCAAAUCUCAAAAACUGACAAAAAUCAAUGAACAGCACUAAUAAAGCCCCAUUCUUACAGAUCAUUAACUAAAAAAAGUUGAAAAAAAGGUUAAGUUUCUCUUUAAGCUAUUUUAAAGCAUAAACAAAUUACUGUCACAGAAAAAAACCUUUACAUAUGCUAUUAUGAUGCUCAUAGAUGAAUUUUAAGUGAUAAAAUGAUCGACUACAGAGGGACUGAAGGCCUACUCAGCAGUUUAAUCAGAUACAGAAAGCGGUUGUAUUUAUGUGUGAGAGUUCAUUUUAUCUGCAAUAUGGCUGUAAUGUUUGUUCAGACAGGCAAUAUGCCAGGAGGAGAUUAAGUGGGUGGUUCAAAUCCAAAAUCUUGUUUUUUCUGGUUUAAGAAUAAAGUUGUGACAGCUAGGUAUCAGACAAAAUGCUGGGAUUUUUAACUCUGGUGUGGAUAUGCAUCUUCCUCAUCUUCCUCCUCAUUCGGAUCCCGAGGCUCAAGAACUUUCCUCCUGGACCUCAACCUUUUCCAAUAUUUGGAAAUUUGCUUCAUCUGAAUAACGUCAAUCCUUUGAAUGAUUUGAAAAGGUUUGCAGAAUGCUAUGGAAAGAUUUACACGGUUUACUGGGGAACACGACCUGUUGUGAUUCUUAAUAGUUUUGAGGUUAUAAAGGAAGCCCUGGUUACUAAAGCUGUAGACUUUGCAGGACGGCCACAAGAGUGCAUGUUCAGUCAUAUGUCAGAUUUUAAAGGUAUUCUUAUGGCCGACUAUGGCCCUGGUUGGAAGGAACAUCGACGCUUUGCUCUCAUGACCCUGAGAAACUUUGGUUUGGGGAGGCAAACAAUGGAGGAGAGAAUUCUGGGAGAGAUAUCACAUAUAGUUGCUUAUUUGGAAAAAAAUGCUGGAGGAGCUGUGAAUCCUCAAACUUUGUUUCACAACGCUGCAUCAAAUGUUAUUAGUUUGGUUCUGUUUGGAUCCCGUUACGAAUACAGCGAUGAAUUUCUUACACGCUACGUUCAACUUAUUACAGAAAACUCAAAGAUUAUCAGUGGACCAUGGAAUGUGGUAUAUGAAGCCUUUCCUAUAUUGAGAAACUUGCCUCUACCUUUUAAGAAAGCUUUUGAUAAUGUAAAGGAGAUUAAAGAAAUGACUUUGAAACUGAUCAAUGAGCACAAGAAGACGAGUGUCCCAGGAGAGCCGAGAGACUUCAUAGACUGCUAUCUGGAUGAGCUUGAUAAGAAAGAAAACGAGACUUCCACGUUUUCUGAAGCCGAGCUCAUCAUGCAAAUUAUGGAUUUACACUUUGCAGGGACUGACACCACCUCCAACACCCUUCUUGCUGCAUUUCUCUACCUCAUGAAUUACCCUGAUGUUCAGGCAAGAUGUCAGCAGGAGAUUGAUGAAGUUCUGGAAGGUAAAGAUCAGCCGUCAUUUGAAGACAGACACAAUAUACCGUACACACAGGCUGUGAUUCAUGAAGUUCAGCGUGUGGCAAACACCGUACCAAGUGCGCUUCAUAGCACCACCAAAGACACAGAGCUGAUGGGUUACAACAUCCCAAAGGGAACUCUUGUGAUUCCCAAUUUUACUUCUGUACUGAAUGAAGAAGGUCAGUGGAAGUUUCCUCAUGAGUUUAAUCCAGCCAACUUCCUGAAUGAUGAGGGCCAGUUUGAAAAACCUGAAGCCUUUAUGCCAUUUUCUGCAGGCCCCCGUGUGUGUCUUGGUGAGGGUCUUGCUCGUAUGGAGCUCUUCCUGAUCAUCGUCACUCUGCUGCGUCGAUUCCAGUUUGUUUGGCCUGAAGAUGCCGGGGAACCAGAUUACACCCCUGUGUUUGGAGUUACACAAACACCCAAACCCUACCGAAUGCACAUCAGAUUCAGAGAACCUGGCAAAUAAUAUUCAUCAUGAAUACAUAUAGCACAGAUGCAAAAUGUAUGUAUUGUGCCUGGUCAGUCAUAAAGAUGUGAAUUGUACUGGCAAAUGUUUGCCCACACCCUAUCGUUGUGUCUUAUUGUUCAAAAUAUGCUCAAUAACAAGUGUACAAUAUUACAUAAGUGUUGAGUAGUUUAUUGCAGCUUAUGACUUUGCAAAUAAUAAUGAAAAUAAAGAUUGCAUCACCUUUUA